AUGCUUUAAAGGAGGGUUCAAGUUCUCCUCACAUUAAGCUGGCACGCAAAAAUAGGUCAUAUCUGACCGCCGCGCCGACACCCUUUCUCUCCUUGCAUUUAUUCUCUCAACUGCCUACUGCCUGAGUGCCUUCUCCCAUCUUAAACCUUUUAUGUUAUUACUUCUCUCACUUCAACCCACUCUUCAAUGGCUUCCCGACCAACUAUCAUCCUCUUCCUCUACCUCUUCUCUUCUUUUUCUACUAACUCCUCAUCAGCUGCUCCUUCGGAUUUCGUAGCAACUCUCAAGUCCACCAUCGAUGAAGUCCAGGGAGUAAUCUCUCUUGUUUCCAAGUUCGCCAAUCAGUUCGACGAUUUUCGCCUGUCGAAUGCCCUUAACGACUGCGUUGAUCUGCUYGACUACUCUGCCGAUGAACUGGGCUGGACCCUCUCSGCCACCGAGAACCCCAACAGUAAUGAUAAUAGCACUGGGAACCGGAAUUCUGAUCUAAAGGCAUGGCUGAGCGCGGCCCUUGGUAACCAAGACACAUGUCUAGAUGGGUUCGAAGGAACCAACAGCUUCGUCAAGGGUCUCGUCGCCGGAAGCCUCGACACCGUCACGUCUUUGGUCAGUGAAGUUCUUGGCCAGAUACCCUCCGGUGGCCGCCUGGGAAGGAAACUUAAAAGUGUUAGUGAAGGCGGUGGCUUUCCUGCAUGGAUGAAAGGCAGCGACCGGAGGUUAUUGCAGGCGCCGGCAGGUGGGGUGUCCGCCGAUGCGGUUGUUGCACAAGAUGGGACUGGGCAAUUCACUAGCGUGAUGGAUGCGGUGUUGGCUGCGCCAGAUUAUAGCGAGCGCCGGUAUGUGAUAUACGUAAAGAGAGGUGUGUAUAAGGAGAAUGUGGAGAUAAAAAAGAAGAAAUGGAAUCUGAUGAUCGUGGGUGAUGGGAUGGACGUCACCAUUAUUUCCGGUAGCCGUAACUUCGUCGACGGUUGGACCACAUUCAGAUCAGCUACGUUUGCUGUCUCCGGCAAAGGAUUCAUAGCCCGAGACAUAACGUUUGAGAACACAGCAGGCCCGGAAAAGCACCAAGCAGUAGCACUCCGAUCGGAUUCUGAUCUCUCGGCCUAUUAUCGAUGUGCCAUCAAAGGGUACCAAGACACCCUCUAUGCCCACUCACUCCGCCAAUUCUACCGAGAAUGCCGAAUCAGUGGCACAGUUGAUUUCAUCUUUGGCAACGGUGCCGUCGUCAUUCAGAACUGCCAAAUCCUUGCCAAGAAGGGUCUCCCCAACCAGAAGAACACCAUAACCGCACAAGGACGCAAAGACCCAAACCAAAAUACCGGGUUCUCGCUUCAAUUCUCCAACAUGUCGGCUGACUCGGACCUGAUUGGCUCAGCGAACUCAACAUUGACAUACCUCGGGCGACCUUGGAAGCAGUACUCACGGACAGUUUUCAUGCAGUCAUACAUGAGUGAUGUGAUAAGGCCAGAAGGGUGGCUGGAGUGGCAGGGAAAUUUCGCUCUGGAUACACUUUAUUAUGGUGAAUAUAUGAAUUAUGGACCCGGUGCUGGUCUGAGCAGCCGAGUCAAGUGGCCUGGCCUCCACGCAAUUACCAACUCCUCUCAGGCCAGUGCCUUCACGGUCGCUCAAUUUAUUGACGGAAAUUUAUGGUUGCCGUCAACCGGCGUCAAAUUUACAGCAGGUUUGGCGGUGUAGAAGAUGAACAAUACAUAUUCCAGAGAGAACAUACAUUUAAUCAUAAUUUAAUGUCAUGUGUAAACGGUGAAGGCCACUCUCAAAUAGCGAUAUGAUAGAUCGAGAUACAGUUUAUUAACGUGGUUUUGUUUUUUGAUUAAUUGCUUGUAUGUAUUGCUGUCCUAUGUAUUAAUUUGGUAUUUUUUUUUUUCUUUUCUGAUUUCUAUUGUAUUGAAGAAUUGUAACCUAGGGCUUUUCAUUGAUGUGUAUCAAGAGUAAUUAAGAGGGCGGGAAAAAAUAAGUUGAGAAUCGAAUUACCAUGCA